AUGGAAGAAACCAUCUCGACGUCUCUAGAUAGCUCCAAUGCAGCCCCUGAUCCAUCCCCCAGGGCUCCUCGCGUGCCAAUGAACCAGAAACUUGAGACUAUAUGUGCCCUGAUUGAAGAGCUGAACCUCACCCCAAAGUCUUUCAUUGUUGCAUUCCUUGGGCAGAAGCAAGACACCAUGGCCUUCAAGCGACGCUUAUGGGGUACCAACCAAGGUUGGGACACAACCAAGCAUUUGUUGCUGACUAUCAAGCAGCUGGUUAGCACCCAUGUAGAAGGGCGUGAGCUCUGGCAAGAGUUCAUCUUAUCGCAGGCAAUCGAGAUUGUUUCUGCACAAAAACCGGUCAGUGGACUGGCUCCGAAGGGAUCAUAUCACACAUCAGCGACUUUGUCAGAUGCUUUUUUCACCAGGGAGGAGCGGGAGGAUCGUAAUGCUGUACUCACGAAUCGGAUGCCAUUUUUGUACCGCUUGCUUUGUGCAAAAAUUGGGGGCAACAAGCACCCUUUGGAGAAGUCAUUUGUAUCGGAUCACACACCUGAUCCGGUUGAGGACCAUUCAGAUGAUGAAGAUGAGGCUGAUCCAUCAAAUGAUCUGGUUGACUAUGAUGGAUCAGUCUUGAAGAAGAGCAAAGACCCAGUGGCCCGAAGAACAAACCGAGUCCAGACGAUGGCCCGGACGAUCUGUGCAAUGGUAGCGUUUGGUGGAAACCAUCGACACAAUGGUUUCCAACUCAGUAAUGCUCUGCUCUUUUUGGCAGGAGGAGUGACCGAGCGGGUCAGUGCUUACCUCAACUACGUCGGCAUUUGCUCUUCACGAAGAACAGCUCACGCGGCCCUCAAAUCUCUGGGCACGGAGGCAAAAGCAAAACUGGAAUCUGUAUUUGACAUGGAAAAACCACCUUUCCUGGCUCCACUGUUAUGCUAUGACAACUUGGAUUUUCAGGAAAAGGUCCAUAUGAAGUCCAUUGGGCAUUCAAGCCAAAUGUUCCAUGGGACCUGGGGAUAUGUCCACACCAUCCCCCCAGGGUUACUAUCACGACUGGAUCCUUUGCAGCUCACCACAGAAGCUUUAAACUCAGCAUUACAUCUGGGAAAAGAGCUGGUAAUCCGACCCAAGAUGUUCACACCCACGGCCGACAGCACAAUUCAUUUUGAAAAGACUCUGAAGUCCCAGAUCACACAGGUGAUACUUAAAUACUUUGCCACCCCCCUUGAUAAACGAGUUAAGCUACAGAGGUCCCCGCCCGAGGUCAAUGCAAUUGCACCUGAAGAUCCAAACAUCACGAUGCUAAAGCUCAUGGUUGCAUCAGACAACUCUGCGCUUGGGGCUGGUGAGGUCUUCACCGGUGUGAUUCAGCAAAGUGGCCUAACUCGAGCCGACUUCCACUCCCGCUUACAGAUUGUUGAGGGCGACCUGGGAUCAUGCAACAUAUUUGAUAGCCUCCGGAAGCAGAGAACACCAGCGCUUGGGGACCAUAAUAGUCUGGACAACGUCCUCCCAAUUCCUGGUGCGGCACACACACUGUGGAACCUCUCACAAGCGAUUUAUCUGGGGCAUUGGGGGAAUGAACGACUUGCACGUGACACUGGCGCUUGGAGGACUCUUCAUGCACUUGGUAUCCCUACUGAGAAGCCAGUGACAAAGAAGGAUUACAACCUCAUGCUAUCUCAUGUUGAAAAGAUACAUGAAGCUACACUUUUGUAUUGUGUGCUGCUUGUGGCAAACCGUGCUCAUGUGCCUUUGGCAGACAACCCCCUCAAGGUCUCAAGUGAGAGCAUACAUGACUGGGUGGAGCUCACAUAUGACCGGUUCUGCACUGGUGAAGCACUGCAGUCUGAGCUUGCAUCCAAUUAUACCGGACACAAAAACUUUCUCCUUCGGAUUCGCGAUUUUGGAACAAUCUUGGAGGCCAAUCGGGCCAUGAAAGAUGGGGACUAUGGUCGCCUCAUGUUCAUGUGGCAACGGUGGUCGGUGAUGAGUCAAGGCAUCGGUGGGAUGCCCCAUUACUCAAAGCACUUACCCAAGCUCAUAAUCUUGCUGCAGCACAUAUUACCUAAAUCUUUAUCGGAAUUGGUCAUGAAUACAUUGCUUUUGUCACCAACUGGGAAGCCUGGGCACUUUGUUGCCACAGAUUUCUACCUUGAGGUUCAAAACUAUUGGCUGAAAUAUUUUUUCAACCACUCAGGGAUAGGGACAGACAUAGAUAGGUUGAAAGACAUCUUCUCAAGUAAUAUCAAUCUGCUCCGAUAUAUGUUACAACUCAUCAAACUCAAAUCUGGGGCCGAAGUGAUCCAUCAGUCUCACAAAAACCUCUUAACACUUGAGUCUUUCAACAACUUCAGGCGCAUGGCCCAGCGCGAGCGAUUAGGGCAAACCCCUCUCGAAGGCAGGGAACCAGAGGAGAUUGAUGACUUUUACACCUUGGGUAUGGUCAAGUUGCACAAAGAAUUCAAGCAAGGAGGGUUGGGCCGUUUUCGGCCAUACUCUAAAGGGAUAAUGUCAAUGCAAGACACAGAUGAAAAAAAAUGA